CUGACCGAGGCGGCGGCCUCGCGGCGACAACCGACCGAGCCGAGAGGAGCCGCCCGGCGCGGCAGGACCAUGGCCACCACCGUCAGCACGCAGCGAGGGCCGGUGUACAUUGGGGAGCUGCCGCAGGACUUCCUCCGCAUCACGCCCACGCAGCAGCAGCAGCAGAUCCAGCUGGAUGCCCAGGCCGCGCAGCAGCUGCAGUAUGGAGGGGCCGUGGGCACCGUGGGCCGCCUCAGUGUCACCGUGGUGCAGGCAAAGCUGGCAAAGAAUUACGGCAUGACCCGCAUGGACCCGUAUUGCCGGCUGCGCCUGGGCUACGCCGUAUACGAGACGCCCACAGCGCACAACGGUGCCAAGAACCCGCGCUGGAACAAGGUGAUCCAGUGCACGGUGCCCCCGGGCGUCGACUCUUUCUACCUGGAGAUCUUCGAUGAGCGCGCCUUUUCCAUGGAUGACCGUAUUGCCUGGACCCACAUCACCAUCCCCGAGUCGCUGAAGCAGGGCAAGGUGGAGGACGAGUGGUACAGCUUGAGUGGGAGGCAGGGCGACGACAAGGAGGGCAUGAUCAACCUGGUCAUGUCGUACACGGCCCUGCCCGCUGCCAUGAUGAUGCCACCCCAGCCUGUCGUCCUGAUGCCGACCGUGUACCAGCAGGGCGUCGGCUAUGUACCCAUUACAGGAAUGCCCGCCGUGUGCGGCCCCGGCAUGGUGCCCGUGGCCGUGCCCCCGCCGGCUGUGAGCGCUCCGCCCCGCUGUAGUGAGGAGGACCUCAAGGCCAUCCAGGACAUGUUCCCCAGCAUGGACAGGGAGGUGAUCCGGUCCGUGCUGGAAGCCCAGCGCGGGAGCAAGGCUGCGGCCGUCAACUCGCUGCUGCAGAUGGGCGAGGAGUCCUAGGGCCACCUGCCCUCCAGACCUGCCCGCCCACGGCCCCCGGGCUCGUCCUCCCAACAGGAUUCCUGGCACAGAGCGCCCCGGGGCCCCUUCCUCGCACCUGUGCUCGGACACGCGUGGGUUCUCCCUCCCACAGCCAUUCUGGCUGGCCAGCCCUUCCUUGUCUUGGUUGGAGGCCUGGGUGGGGGGUGCCCUGCCCCUUGCCCCGACGCACGCGGCCACCUUGCCCCGCUGGCCCUGUGGGUGGCAGGUGGGGGCUUGUGGGGACAGAACUGUGAUUGGAGGCAUACACAGUCCAUUGACACCGACUUAGGGGUUAUUUUUAGAACUUACAUGCUAAAAUCUACAUCCCUCCCUUGAUGUUCUUUUGUGACCCUGGGUCCCACCAGCGCUGCUGCAGCCAGCUGAGCCAGUGGCUUCCUGUUAGAAGCAGCCGGCCUUUCUUGCUGCCUGGUCUGGUCCUGGUCUGGCCGUGCCUCAGUGGCACAUUCCAGCAUGAACGGGAAUGAGUCAGCCUGUGAAGGAAGCAAGGUGGCUGGCCAGGUGGCCCUGGUCAUCGGUCCUGCUGUGUCCUGGGGCCCCUGUGGCCCGUCUGCGCGCAGCACGUGGUCUGCUCAUGGCUGGUGUCGGCACGCUGGGCUCCAUCCUGCAGUGGCAGCUCGGCUCGGGUGCUGACAGAGCACGGCGGGGAAUCAGGCGGCCGGCAUGGGGGGGCAGUGUACGUCAGCCUGUGCACACAGGUGGUCGGUGUGUAUUGUCUGUGCUGCGGGCACCGGCCAGUGGCUGCCCCGUGGGUGUGAAGUGGUGCGGGCGCAGGUGGACGUAUAGGUGGCCCCGAAGGCCGGGCCUUCUGGGAAGGGUGUGGAGGCCGUGUCGGCGCUCAUAUUUCCACCUGCUUCCUCGUGAUGUCAGAGAACACAGCUUUCUGCCACAUGCUUUGCUCAUAAAUGUUUAUUUUUGUAAGGGUGAAGGGGGCGUGGCUCCAGGAGCGUCUCUUGCCUCCAGAGGAUUUCCGUCCCCACGUGGGACGGAGGCCAUGGACAUGACCCUCCUCGCGGCUGUUCCAGGGCGUAGCCUGCAGCCCCGGUGCAGCCCCGGACACGGCCAGCAGCCUGAAGGCCCGUGUUUGCAGGCCAGCAGCAGCUGCCUGCCCAGACCCGAGCUGUCUGCGGCCCGAGCGCUUCUUCCCGACCGAGCUCAUGUUCGUGUCCCUCUGCUAGGAGCGCUCGGCAGGCUGUGCUUUCCUCGGCUUUCCGUUUCACAGGCUUCUGGCGCCUGCUGUCCCUCCCUGCCGUCCCUCCCUGCUGUCCCCCCUGCUGUCCCUUCCUGUUGUCCCCCCUGCCGUCCCUCCCUGCUGUCCCUCCUGCCCGAGGCCCCUGGAAGUCAGAGCCUCCCGAGUUCUCCCGCCCCUGUCCGCACCGAGGCUGGUGGGCUGGAAGGUAGCUGUCAGCUUGGCAGCAGAGGCCACGUGGGUCUCGGGUGGAUGUGGGCAGGCCGCUGGUGACCAGCCCAGAGCCUCGGCAGGCCAGAUGGCUCAAGCAAGCUGUGGCCCGCACUGCAGAGGUCUGGCUGCUGGGAUGUGCGCGGCCUGUCCCGAGUGGCGGCCAGCCCGGGACCGUGACAGAAGUCUCCUGUAUGCAUGGGCCCUCCCGCGUCCCUGCCCGGCCUUCCCCGCAGGCACCUCUUCUGUCCACCAGCGGCUGGCACAGUUCCCAGACCUGGCCUUUCUGAUUAUUUUACUGGGGCCCAGUGUCUAGAUUUUUCUUUAAUUGUAAAGUCUAUUUUUACUUUUCAGCCUUCUAAUUUAAUAAACAAUCCAUAUAAAAACAGAAAUAAAGUCCUCAAAGGAA